AUGACCAAAAAGGACAAGAAGCCUAAGGUGAAGACAGUGGUGAGCAAAGAAGGCGAAAGUAUCAAGGUCUUUGAAGACCUGGACACUUUUGAGCUUUUUAUCAAAAACGAAACUGAGGAUGAAGAGUUUGACCACGUCAGAUGCCAUCUGAAGUACUUCCCACCAUUUGUACUACAUGAGUCGCACGAGGAUCCGGAAAAGAUCAAGGAAACUGUGAACUCUCACAGUAAGAAAUUUGUGCGCCAUUUGCACCAACAUGUGGAAAAACACUUACUGAAGGACAUUCGUGAGAGGCUUCAUCUACCUGAGCUGAAGUUCAAGGACAAGUCGAAAGUCGAGACCCCAGACCACAUUGUAUGGAAGUACAACGAAACGGCCUUGUACCACAGCCGUGAGUUCGAAAUUCAUGUCACGGUAGAGUGCCACCACGACAGUGCUGUGGUGGACGUGGACUAUUUAACGCAGCCUGUGCAGCCUGCUGUGGCAGUGGCUUGA